AUGUCUUCCCCCAAAGAUUCUCAAGAAUGGACACAAGUUUCUCGCAAAUCUCGCAAGAACAAGAACAGGUCCACCAAUUCCAAUCAAGUAUCUUCGUCAUCCAGCCCACAUGUCGCUGCCCGUGUGAAUGUUCCCAAUACGGAAAACAUUCGCACCCCGGCUGAGCUUGAAACAUCUUACAGACGAUACCGCGAGCGUUGGGAGUCUGAGCCAUCAUGUGCAAAAGUCCGCGAGCUCAUCGCUAGCAAAGCUUCACAUCUCAACAAGGUCAGUCGUGCUGUCAACUUUGGUGUUGGUACGUUUGAUCCAAAGGGGGCAUAUGAUCCCAAGGCGUCGUUUGUGCAACUCGCAGCAUUUGAUGUCAUUGUACAAGAACUAGAGAAAAUCACAGGCGAAAAGAUGGAGACUUAUAUUCAGGAUCCAAUGUUCAGUGCCUCCGACAAGACCUUCCUCGGCAACCUUGGUCAUACUGUUGUUGAAGAACCAGCUGGAAACGACCUCGUCACGCCAACCACGUUCUUCUUUGGUGUUCAUCUCUACAGAGGCGUUUACAAAGAAGCGUUCGAGAAGCACCUCCCUGCGCUCUUCAUCGGAACAGGCUGGGAUGCUUGGGACAAUAUGCCGAGUCUGGAUGGUCUCGAAGAAAUACACGAAAUACACAAGACAUAUGAGCAUUGCGAGUUUCCGGAAGACAAGUAUGACACAGCGUUUUUUACUACGAGUAUUUACUGGAAGGUCGAAGGUGAGAAGGAGGAUGAGAAGGAUGAGUCGGUCGAGGACAAGGACAAGGGCAAAGUAAAGGAGAAGGAAAAGGAUGAGGAUGAGGAUGAGGAUGAAUUAUCCAAGAAACCCGAGUCGACUACUAUCUCUGUACCAGAGAAGUUGAUCGCCAAGAGCGUAAGAGACGAAAUUAGUAGGCCAGCUUAUGCUACUUAG